ACUAGACAUAGGCCUUGCGAACCAAACAGACGGUAAACAAGGCGUCCUUACAAGACAUUUCUCGUUACUUACACCUGAGAUCAUACUAAGAGGGCUCUGAUGUUUCGUCAAUCUAUGAAGUUUCCCCUUGUUGUUAUGCUUAACUUGUUACUCCGCAAACCGUCAAGCUCUCUCUCCCGCUUACUAAUCUUUGUCCGUACAGAAAACGAACCGGCACGCAACUGGCUCCAAACAGCCCAGGAAUCUGCUAGGUCCGCAGGAGAUCUUCCGACUUGCGAUAUCAGGCCGAAUAGUCGGGAUAUAUAAACCAAAUACCUCCCGCGGACACUCACCUCAUCCACCUAGCACGUCAAGUUAAGCACCUUUGCUACCACCAUGGACGACCAAGUUUACUCUUUCAUCCACGAUCUAGGGCCCAUCGGGGAAAGCCUUCCCCCCCGCCGGCCCCCAUGCUUCCAAUGCACAUUCGACACUGCCAGACAAAUCCACAGCGCCAGGGUGCUAAUAAACGACAGAGACACCAUCAACCUUGUCAAGAAGACCCUGUGCUUUGUCGGCCAGUCUGCGAUUAAACGCUGUAGCAAGUGUGAUCAAGCCAACGAGCAAAGAUGUUACGAUUGCCCCCGAGAGCUGACCUCUCUCCUGGAUACUAACUCUACAUCUACCGGCGCCCACCAGACAGAUGUGAAUUACCAUCCUCUUCGCGACCUCCGCAUGGCUGCCGCAAAUUUUCUUGAGCAUACUCGCCUGUUCCUAAAGAAGCACAAUCUCGAAGAAUUCGAUCAACUUCAAAGUAAUCUCAAGGCGUCGGUGCCCCAGCUGGUCGAGUGGGGGUGCAUCGAUGUCUCGGUCACGCAGCAGGCGGAGGAACAGCAACAACAACGGCAGCAGCUGGUCGAUUGGGGACCCAUUGAUGUCUCGGUCGCGCAGCAGACACAAGUUCAGCAGGACCCCUCGUCCUUGCACUCGCCCUCUUCCGAGCCUCUUCAACAGGCAGCUACCCCUUCCUCCUUGACUUUGACGGAGGGACCCAAUCCCAGUUCCAGUCCCAGUCUCAAGCCAACACGUUCAUCAAAGCAGCAGCCACAAUCGCAGCCGCAGCCCCAACAAGACGAGAUCAAGAAGAUCCAUGCUACCCUCGAGGACAUCGAGGUCCAACUCCACAUAAUGCUCGGCAUGAUCAGCAGUAUGUCUCGAAAUAUCCGACGAGAAGCUAUCGCACGCCAUGAGGAGAUCAAGGAGCUGUUAAUCCGCAACCGCAACGGCAAUAGCGAUGACAAUGAGGACGUCAACGGCAACGGCAACGGCAACGACAACGGCAACGACAACGACAACGACAACGGCAACGGCAACGACAACGACAACGACAACGGCAACGGCAACGACAACGACAACGACAACGACAACGACAACGACAAAGGAAAGGGCAUUGACAAGGGAAAAGGUAUUGAUAAGGGAAAAGGCAUGGACAACGGAAAUGGUAGCGGCAAUAGAGACGGUUUCAACCGCGGUUUGCCGUCUUCAGCAUCACCUGGUCCAAGUUCUUUACAACCGAGUCCUCAUAUUUCCGACAACGGAGAGGGUAGCAGCAAUGGAGACGGCUUCAAUCACGGUCGGCUGUCUUCAGCAUCACCCGGUCCUGGUUCCUUACACCCGAGUCCUCGUAUCCCCGAUGAAGUUCGCGCAAUGAACGCCAAGAUGUAUCCAGAGAUCUCACCAGAGCAGUUUCAACAUCCGGAAAAGGUGGGCGAGUACAGGGAGACAUUAAGAGUUAUGCUACAGCGGCUGCAAGCAGAGAAGGGCUCAAGCCGGAGGAAAGAAAGCAGCCAGGACCCAUCAGUCCGCGAACCCGGUGCCUGA